AUGGUUUACCUGGCUCACACAGCUCACUGGCAGUUCCUGGGCCUGAUGGCCGGGGUCAUGGCCUGGAUCCUCAUCAUGACCACAACCGGCCUCAACGAGUGGCGGCUGUGGUACGUGGCCGAUGAGUCCGUCAUCACCUCGGGCGUGGCCUGGGUGGGCAUCUGGAGGGCGUGUUUCUACAGUCAUGUCCUUCCCAGGAUAGAGAACUGUCAGAGCAUCGGCAUCUCGGACCACUUUGCUCCUGCAGAGAUCCCUGUGGCUCAGGUGCUGAUGGUGCUGGCGCUGAUCUGCGGCCUGGUGGGGAACAUCACCGCUGCAGUGGCAGUGAGGAUGGCCUACUUCUCUAUAGAGAAUCGUAGGAACAUAAGGCUGGUCUUUGUGCUGGCAGGGACCAUGUAUGUGCUGACUGGGACGUUGUCAUUGGUGCCGUUGAUGUGGAACAUGAGCUCUGUGCUUCAAAACAGCACCAUAGGCUUUCCUCCUGAGUUCCACCUCCCCGCAGCGCCUGUCAGGCAGCAAGUCGGCUCGGCCAUCGGAGUGGGCAUCUUCGCCUCCAUCCUGAUGCUCGUAAGCGGGGCACUUCUCCUCUGCUACCGCUACGCCUGGGCGGCCCUCAGCACAAAGGCCCCCAGAGACACCCGGGAUCCGCUCCAAGGUCCCUGGACAGAAACAACCCUAGCGCAGAAGUCUGAAUUCCCAGAGGGAACCAACCAAGGCAGGGAUAAUCCUGGAUUUCACAGUGAAGAAAUCUCAUGA